AUGGUCUUUGCCGACACUUUGCAUGGCUCUUUCGUUCCAUACGGUACAGCAGGUGACUGCUAUAGCAUGAAGGACUGCCCCCAGGGCCGAUUCUCUGUAGAUCUCCGUGGCACGGGGUUGAGAAUCGUCGAUGAUUUGCAAUGGGAAGACAAGGGACAUCGAACCACAUCGAGGAUUGACAGAUCAUCGAACAAUGCUGUGAUCGAUGGUCGAUGUGGCGGUUACUGUGGCAAAUGCGCUCCGGAUAAAUAUAAAGGGCUCGUGUUCAGCAUUGAUCCAAAGCAAAUAACUGGUACUUGA